AUGCCUUCCCUCCCCAUCACCACCGCCGCUCUCGCAGCAACCCUCCUCGCCAGCACCCUCCCCCUCGUCUCCGCCCACGGCUACAUCUCCGGCAUCGUCUCCGACGGCAAAUACUACUCCGGCACCUCCCCCUCCUGGACCUACGCCCAAACCAAACCCGACACCCCCGGCUGGUACGCCAACAACCAAGACAACGGCUUCGUGGCCCCCUCCGCUUACGCCUCCGGUGACAUAACCUGCCACAAGGGCGCCACUGUCGGCGGCGCUCCGGUCCCUGUCACCGCUGGGAAGAGCGUGGAUCUGCAGUGGAACACGUGGCCGGAGUCUCACCACGGUCCAGUCAUUACGUACAUGGCUGCUGUGUCCGGCGAGUUCAGCGCUGUUGAUAAGGCAAACUUGAAGUGGUUCAAGGUCACGGAGGGGGGCUUGGAGGAUGGGAGUGCUAGUCCGGGGGUUUGGGCUACGGAUAGUAUGAUGGCCAACAACAACACCGCAGCCUUCACCGUCCCCUCCGACCUCAAGAGCGGCAACUACGUCGUCCGCCACGAAAUCAUCGCCCUCCACUCCGCUGGCCAGGAAGAUGGUGCUCAGAACUACCCACAAUGCAUCAACGUCAAAGUCUCCGGCUCCGGCACCACCGACCCCUGCGCCUCAGGAGCCGACUGCGCCAUUGGCACGGCCCUGUACAAGAAGGACGACGCGGGCAUCUUGAUCAACAUCUACCAGACUCUCAGCAGCUAUGAUAUUCCGGGCCCGAAGCUUUAUGGUAGCGGUGGUGCUGCUGCUGCUGCGAACAAGACUGUUAAGAGGGUUGCUACGGCUUUCAGAGCUUAG